AUGUCCAAGAGACCGCGUUCUAUAGUACAUUUGAAAAGAACAGAUGUGAAAUGGUCUUCUUCCGCUAAGAUUCACAUGAACAAUAAGAAAAAUGGUUCGAAGAAACAAAGAAAAUUAUUCGAAUUUGAUAUACCUACCGCAUCUCAACUUGCUGUGAAGAAUAGAUCAAAAAUUUCCAUUACUAGGGAAAAUUCAACCACUAUAGACCUUACUCCCAGCUAUCCCAUCCUUAUUGAAGAUGAUGAGAAUGAUGUUAAGCAAUUAUUUGUGGAAACUGAUGAAGAGCAGGAGGAUGAUGAAGAAGUAAUAGAAAUAGAUGACGAUUCGAAAAAUCAAGAUAUUAGUAUAAUUGAAAUAGAUGAACAGGAAACGGAAAUUAUUGAAACAGAUCAAACACUUGCUACGUCGCCAAUACGGCAUCACCAAAGUUUCCCAUGCCCCAUAUGUAAUAAAGACCUAUCGAAUUUGGAAUUAUACCAAAGAGAAGCCCAUGCAGAGACGUGUCUAGAAUCAUUACCUGUGGAAAAGGUACAUAAGCUGAAACAAAAGAAGAAGAAAAGUCAGAAACCAAGACUACUAAAGGAACGACCUCCCUUGCCCUCCAUUAAGAUUAUAAGUUUCCCCACUUCCAACCAUGAACUUGUCGUUGAUGGAUUCAAUUACAGUUCCAAACCAACAAUCUCACAAUACUUCCUAUCUCAUUUCCAUUCAGAUCAUACCAUUGGUCUUGUCAAAUCAUGGAAUCAAGGUACCAUUUUCUGUUCACCGGAAACAUCUCUGCUAUUACAAUGGAGAUAUGAUUUUGCACCUGAAAUGAUUAAAGAAUUACACAUUGCACAGAGGGAAUGGAUCACUGAUACAAUUUCAGUGAUAUCAUACGAUGCAUUCCAUUGUCCCGGUUCAUUAAUUUUUGUUUUUGAAGAAUGGGAUUCUCAAUCAAUGAAUACAUUAAACAAGAGAGUAUUACAUACGGGUGAUUUCAGAUGUAAUAAUCAAGUGUUGAGUAACGUAAUGUCAUUGGGUCAUUACGAUCAAGUUUAUUUGGAUACGACGUAUUUGGAUUCAUGGUAUAGGUUCCCUCGACAGGAUUCUGUGGUGGAAACCACUGGACAAUUUGCUAAAGAUGUCAUGGAGAUUGGAUUGAAGAAAUUAUUUGGUGAUGAUCAAAAAUCCAUUUUUUCCUUUAUGAAAAGCCAAAAUAAAAAGAGGUCAAGACCACAAAGUAGUGUAUUAUUUCUUAUUGGUUCAUACUCUUUGGGGAAGGAGAAAAUUGGCUUGGAAAUUCAAAGUCAUUUACCCCUGGGCACAUACAACAAGAUAUUCAUGAAUGGUAAUGCGGUAAGAGGUAAAUUAUUUGCUCAAGAUGAAAGAUUCACAUCUGACCGUGAAGAUAUGUCGCAAUGUAAUAUUCAUAUUGUAUCACUUUCCGUAUUGCAAUGUAAGGAAACCGUUGAAGAUUAUUUGAAAAGUUUCCCCGAUCAAUGUGGAUUUGAUGAUGUUGUCGGGUUUGUCCCCACUGGGUGGACUUUCAGUAAUAGGUAUAAAGGUAAACAAACUUUUGAGAAUAUGAAUGAUCGAGUAGAGUUUGUCAGAGGUAUUAUUGAGGGCGGCAAGAGGGAAGAUGAUGAAAUGUCGAUAGAUUGGAUUACGAAACAGUAUAAGAAAUAUGAAAGGUUUCAAAUAUUUAAGAUCCCGUAUUCGGAGCAUAGUAGUUUUAAAGAAUUGUGUUCAUUUGGUAGUCAAGUGGAUUGUGAUGAAAUCUUGGCUACUGUAAAUUUGAAUAAUUUGGAACAAUUGAAUGAGAUGCGGAAUUGGUUUAAAUCGUGGGAAAUAAUUAGAAAAUCCAAAUUUAAUUAA